CUACCUCAUUCUCACGCUCCAGCUGGCCAUUACCGUGGGUUUUGUGUGCAUUUGCAUGUUCGUACUCUAGCCCUCUCCUACAUGACCGGUUGCAUCACCGCGUAUCAUAAGACGUUUAUCGUGCUCAUCGCUCUGGUGUGCACGGUUGUACUGUGUCUGGCUCUCUCUCUGUUCGCGGUCCAGACUCGAUGUGAUUUCACCAUGUGUUCCGGGAUGAUUUUUGCGGUCAGUAUGGUGGUUUUCCUGACCGGAAUCGCUUGUAUUAUAGUGAAUUUCACUAUGGGACGAAACAAAAUUUUACAGGCCGUGUAUGCCGGACUCGUUCUGUUACUUUUCAGUCUGCUCCUGGUGUUUCACACACAGCAGAUAGUCGGGGGUCGUAAACACGAUCUGGAUGAGGAGGAGUAUGUGUUCGGUGCCAUGCAACUAUAUGUCGAUGUGAUCUUCAUCUUCACGGCUAUGCUUGGAAUAGCCGGAUCAAAUUGA